AUGGAGGGUCAGGACCCAGAUAUCCGACACACAGCUGUGGACGGAGAAAAUGACGACGACGAAGAGAAGGAAGAGAUGACAACGAAGGCUUCUGCUGACAGCUUCCUGUCCAAGGAGGAUGAAGUGGGAUAUGAGUUUGGAACAAAAAUUCUUAGAACACCUGGAUUAAGCCGUUACAAAAAAGGUUUAAAGAACGCCUUCCCAGUUCGAUUUGCAAAAUCACCCAAGGGUGUUCUCCCAUUAGAGACAAAUGGAUUUAUUAACUACAUGACGUUCGGAUGGUUGUCCCCGUAUAUGUGGCAGGUCUUUAGGAAAGGCAUUCAACCUCUUCGUGGCUUGCAGAUUACCAAAGAGGAGAGCGCUGAAGUCAGUGCUCAGAGGAUGGAGAGAUUUUGGGCAGAAGAGCUAGCAGAGAAAGGAGAGAAAGAAGCCUCGUUCGGCCGAGCCGUCUACAAGUCGUUCAAAACUAGAAUCAUCAUUGGAGCGUUUGCCAGCCUUGUGUAUGCGUUUCUGGGCCUGGCAAAUCCAAUGUUGGUGAUUCGGUACUUUUUGGAUUACCUGACUGAGGAGGACGUCACAGUGAAGACUGGCAUCAUGUACGCGGUGAUCCUGGGUGUGAACCUGCUACUCAGAGGUCUGGUGGGCGCUUUCUUCUGGAUGCUCAACUAUGAAGCAGCAACUAGAAUCAAGUAUGGCUCCUUGGCACUGUUGUACAGGAAAGUUCUACAUGUGAAGACUUUGAAAGACAAAACUGUUGGUGAUAUUGUGAACAUCAUAAGCAACGACGGCCAGAGAAUAUGGGAUGGGAUCAUCAUGGGACCUUUCAUCAUUGGUGGCCCCAUGAUUCUCAUCAUGGGGUGUGUGUACAGUAUUGUUUACCUAGGACCCUGGACACUAGUCAGUUUUUUGGUUUUAAUUGGCUUUUAUCCUUACGCUAUGAUGCUAGCAAAAAAGUCACAGGAUUUUCGUACUCAGAGCAUUAAAAUCACAGACACAAGGGUUGGAUUAAUGAAUGAGCUUCUUACAUACAUUAAGCUAAUCAAAAUGUAUGCGUGGGAAAUAUCAUUUGCCAAAAAAAUAUCAGAGCUGAGAGAGGAGGAGAAAAGAAUACUAGAGAAGUGUGUGUUUGCACAGAGUGUCAGUAUGGGUUCCUCUGUGAUGGUUCCUAUUGUUGCAAGUUGUGUCACUUUUACUGCAUAUGUGGCCACGGGGAAUAACUUGACUGCAACUCAGGCAUUCACCUUCGUCUCCCUGCUGAACACCAUGCAGGCAUCCAUGAUGACCAUUCCCUUUGCCCUGAAAGCACUCUCUGAGAUGGUGGUGACAACUCGACGUUUGCAGGAGUUUCUGGUUAUGGAAGAAAUGGGAAGCUAUCCUAGGAAAAUGUCAAACAGCUCUUCUGUGGUGGAGAUAAGAAAUGCUUCAUUUUCUUGGGGAACUGGUCGCGUGAGGAAGGAGAUGAGCAAUGGAACAAAUGGAAAAAUCAAACACAAGAAAAAGAAGAAAAAAAGGGGAGUACCCGAGGAAGAGGAGACCUUGAGCGAGAAUCAUCUAACAGAGGGAAGUGAACAGAUCUUUGUUGGGCCAACAUUACGUAAUGUGACAUUGACCCUUCAACGAGGCCAAUUAAUUGGAGUUUGUGGAAAUGUUGGCAGUGGCAAAAGCUCUCUGAUCAGUGCAAUUCUAGGCAGGAUGGAUGUUGUGUCAGGAACAGUAGCUGUGUCUGGUCAUGUAGCCUAUGUACCCCAGCAGGCUUGGGUUACUAACGAUACUCUUCAGGAUAACAUCCUGUUUGGCAGCAGUUAUGAAGCAGAUAGAUAUAAACAAAUAGUUGAAGCAUGUGCAUUAAGUGCUGACUUUUCUACCUUCCCAGCAGGAGAUGCCACCGAGGUGGGAGAAAGGGGAGCUAACCUCAGUGGAGGUCAGAAGCAGAGAAUAUCGCUGGCCCGGGCUGCCUACAGCAAGAAUGAACUGGUGUUGUUGGAUGAUCCCCUCUCGGCAGUCGAUGUGCAUGUUGGACACCACAUCUACCAACGAUGUAUUAAAGGCGUGUUAAAGGGACGAAGUGUUGUAUUUGUGACACAUAACCUACAGUAUUUAAAAGACUGUGAUAACAUACUGGUCAUGAAAGAUGGCCAGAUAGCAGAGCAAGGAUCACAUGAUCAACUUCUAUCCAGUGGUGGAGAAUAUGCAAAUUUACUCAGGUUGUAUAAUAAUGAGGAUGAGCAGAGCAUAGGGAUAGCGCCAGAGCAAGAGGAGCGCUUGGAGGUGACACGAAUAUCAGGUAAGAAUAUACA